AUGGCGGUCAGCAAGCCGUUGCCUGCGAAGGAGAGCGCGCUCUUCCGCUCCAUCGUGAAAAACUAUGAGAUCAAGCAGUACAAGAAGGGCCUGAAGGCGGCCGACACGAUCCUCAAGAAGUACCCGGAGCACGGCGAGACGCUGGCCAUGAAGGGCCUGACGCUCAACUGCAUGGGCCGCAAGGAGGAGGCGUACGAGUUCGUCAAGAGCGGCCUGCGCCACGACCUGCGCAGCCACGUGUGCUGGCACGUCUUCGGCCUGCUCUACCGCUCGGACCGCAACUACCCGGAGGCCAUCAAGUGCUACCGCAACGCCAUCCGCAUCGACCCGGAGAACCUGCAGAUCCUGCGCGACCUGUACUUGCUGCAGGUGCAGAUGCGCGACCUCAAGGGCUUCGCGGAGACGCGUCGCACCAUGCUCACGCUCAAGCCCAACAACCGCAACAACUGGAUCGGCUUCGCCAUCGCGCACCACCUCGUGGGCAACUACCAGAUGGCCAUCGACAUUAUCGAGAAGUACUUCAGCACGCUGGACGGCGAGCCGGUCGCCAACUACGAGGACAGCGAGAUCCACCUGUACCAGAACCAGCUGCUGGAGGAGGCGGGCGACAUUGAGAAGGCGCUGAAGCACCUGGAGGACACCAAGUCACAGAUCACCGACACGCUCUACUGGCGCCAGAAGAAGGGACAGUUUCUGCUGCAGCUCGAGCGGUACGACGAGGCCCGCGCGGUCUUCGAGGAGCUGCUGGAGAUCAACUUCGACAACUACGAGUUCCAGCGUGGCAUGCAGUGCGCCAUCUUGAAGCGUACGGACCUGUUCGUGUCCAAGCCGACUCAGCAGAAGAAGACGCCGCUGCCGUCCGAGGUGCUGGACUUCACGAAGGAGAAGAACGGCGCUGAGCAGGAGAAGGCCCUAGCCGAGUUCUACGCGGAGAAGAAGGAGACGAUCGGCGCCAAGUCGCUGGUGUCGCUGCGUUUCCCGCUGGACUUCACGCGCGGAGCGGAGUUUAAGAAGCACGCCGACGUGUAUAUCAAGAGACAGCUGAACAAGAAUGUGCCGGUGCUGGGAUCGGACCUGAAGCCACUGUACGCCAGCAAGGACAAGGUCAAGGUGAUUGAGGAGCUCAUCCUUGGAUACCUGAAGACUCUGGAGGCCAAGAAGCCUCUCGAUGCUGGCGACAAUUCUAUUGCGGCGAACUCGACGGAGAAGGUGCUGCUGUGGACGAACUACUUGGCGGCGCAGCACUACGACCGUCUGGGCAACCACACCAAGGCUAUGGAAUACAUCGAGAAGUGCAUCAAGCAGGAGCCUACUCUGCUGGACUUUUUCCAGCGUAAGGCGCGCAUCUUGAAGCACAUGGGUGACCUGAACAAGGCUGCCGACGUGAUGGUCGAGGGCCGUAAGCUGGACCUUGCCGAUCGCUACAUCAACAGCAAGACCACGGAGUACCUGCUGCACGCGGACCGCGUGGAGGAGGCCGAUGCGACUAUUGCUCUCUUCACCCGCCACGAGGGCGACCCGCAGCAGAACCUGUUUGACAUGCAGUGCAUGUGGUACGAGAUCGAGUGCGGCAAGAGCCAGCUGCGCCAGAAGAAGUACGGCCUUGCGCUCAAGCGCUUCUUCGCCGUGGAGAAACACUUCAACGACUUCGUGGAGGACCAGUUCGACUUCCACACGUACUGCAUCCGCAAGAUGACGCUGCGCGCGUACGUUCAGAUGCUGCGUCUGUGUGAUGAGAUCUACAGCCGCCCGUUCUUCGUGGGAGCUGCUCACGGCGCCAUCGCUUGUUACGAGGCUCUGGCCGACAAGGAGGAGCUGAAGGCGCAGGAGGAGGCCAAGAUCGCCGCUGCCGCCGCGAACAUGUCCGCUGCCGAGAAGAAGAAGGCGAAGCGCGCUCUGGCCAAGGCUCGCAAGGCUGAGUUCAAGAGGAAAGAGGAGGAGGAGCUCAACGCCAAACUGCACAAGGAGGUCGAGGAGAAGGAGCGCGAGGCCACCAAGAACGGCAAGGCCAAGGCGAACCCGGGCCCCACGCGCCCGAAGGACGACGAUCCGUUCGGCGAGAAGCUGGCGGAGAAGCCCGCUCUCGAAGAGGCGUGGCGCUUCGUGGCCAUCCUGCAGCGCUACUCUCCGGAGGACGUCAAGACGCACGUGGCUGCGUUCGACAUCGCUCUGCGCAAGAAGAAGUUCCUGCUGUGCUUGCAGGCUCUGCUGAAGGCUCAGAAGCUGGAGAACGUGUCGGCGGAGGCCAAGAAGGAGCUGAGCUCGCGCCGCGCAGUUUUCCUGGAGCAGGUGAAGCAAGUCACAAACCCCGUCGUGCUCAAGGUCAUCAACGAGAAGAAGGCCGAGCUGACGAAUUAG